UUUACGCAUGAUAGAGCGUAUGACCACAUGGAAUAAAUUUCAAUUAGCUGUCACAGAAUAUUUUGACAAAUUUAAGUUUCGUUCUGCCACUCCUUCUAAUCUUUGGAUCACCUUACAACGUAGACUUGACAGUACGAAUCAAAUGGUUGGAAUUAAUGAAAUUAUGGAUACGUGGUUAAGUCAGAGCACGAUGUAAGUUACAUAGCCUGGUAUCCC